AUGCAGUCUACGCAUUGUUUGCUGUUGCUAUUGUUAUGUCUGGGCGUGGUGCAGGCGGCCUUUGAGGAUUUUGUUGUGCAGUCCGAUGAGCAUGAGCAGGAACUGAUGCCCAGCUGUGCUGCGGAGCAGGACGAUGAGGGCGAGCAACUGUUGAGCUUGGAAACAGAUGGAGAGGUGAUAGACCCGCAGAUGGUUAUGGCUGCAGUUAUGCAGCAAGCUCAACGUUUGGGCUUAUCCAUGCAGCAUUUGGCUCAACUGGUGCAAAUGCAGGGAUAUGAUCAGGAUUCAGAUAGUAUGCCCUUUGGUUGUGGCGCGUCGACAGCAGCAGCAGCGGUUGCUCCACAGGCCAGCUGGUAUGAUGUGUUCUUCAACUAAGCAACAAAAGUUUUGGCUGCACAUUAAUAAACUUAGUUCAAGCAAUAAAUAGUUGAGCUGUUUAACGCUUUCUAAGGGGUGAG